AUGUCGAAAUCAAUCAUACCAAGUCGGCGGUUACUGACCACGUUCUCCCAAUCUCUACGAAAUGAAAACUCUCGGUCAAUUGAUACGCAAUGCUGCCGUUUAACCACGCUUCGCACCCAAGCUCAGCAAUCAUGUCAGUCGAUUUCUGGACGGCCAUUCAGCACCACAACCAUUCGACCAUACAAGACAGUACAGGAGCAACGUUCACGAUAUAGAUCCGGCCCCUUCUCAUGGAAAGCAGGACUCCUCUUCCUCACCUCAGGCGCAGGUCUAAUCUACUACUUCCGCUCCGAAAAGGCACGCAUGGAACGUAAACGGAUAGCCGAAGCUACAAAGGGUGUUGGGAGACCGAAAGUCGGGGGGCCGUUCACUCUGACGGAUCAGACGGGCAAGCCGUUUACGGAUCAAGAUAUGAGGGGCAAAUAUUCUUUGGUGUACUUCGGAUUCUCCCACUGCCCAGAUAUCUGCCCCGAAGAACUCGACAAAAUGGCCCAAAUGAUCGAUCUCGUGUCCACCUCACCCACCCGAACCGCAUCCACGCCGUCCCUCCUCCCCAUUUUCAUCACCUGCGAUCCCGCGCGCGACACCCCCGCGGUCCUCGACGCCUACCUCUCCGAGUUCCACCCAGCCCUCAUCGGUCUCACAGGCACAUGGGAGCAGAUCAAAGAUAUAUGCAAGAAAUACCGGGUCUAUUUUAGUACGCCGAGUGGGGUGAAGAAGGGAGAGGAUUAUUUGGUGGAUCAUAGUAUUUAUUUUUAUUUGAUGGAUCCAGAGGGUGAUUUUGUGGAGGCGAUUGGGAGACAGCAUAGUCCGCAGCAGGCGGCUACUAUUAUACUGGGGCAUGUUAAUGAUUGGAAGAAAUGA